CUCCUGGCCCACCUGCCUCGGCCUCCCAAAGUGCUGGCAUUACAGGCGUGAGCCACCGCGCCUGACCUCAGUCAAGUUUCAGUAUAUCUACAAGGACAGGAGAUGGCGCCAGAAGGCAGUGGGAUGCUUGGUUUUGGUUUUAAGGGUUUUAGCCAAUGCAAGCAAGGAAAGGGCUUGAGAGUGAGGUCAGAGCUAAAACAAAGGUGCCAGAGUUUGAGUGGAAACUGAGACCGGAUGGGGAGAGGGAGCUGUGUCACUUUUUUUUUUUUUUAACUUACAUAUAAGGGUCCUCUUGACACCUACUCCAAAUCAACACAGCUAGAAAGCGACAACAGAAAUAUCCACAGUAAAGCCAAAGAUCAAGAUAAAGUCAAGUGCCUGGAGGACGGCGCUCGCCUCCUGGCUCCCUCUGUCCUAGAAAGGAGGGCCUUUGUCAUCUGGGAAGCAUAAGCACCUGGAUGCGUUGCUCACCCAAGAUCAGGGAAGUGUUGAUUCCGGGCUAAGAUAUCUUUGUGGAACAAUGUUCAGUUGUGUAGGCAAAAUCUCAAAGCCCAGCAGCAGUGAAAUACCUCCCAGAAGGAACCAUACACAAAACAUCUUAUAUUACAAUUUAAAAAUUCAUAGACGAGCCAGGAGGUGGCGCCUGGCAAGACACGCUAUCUGCCUUGGGAAUUGGAAUCUCAGCUCAGUGCUCCACGGAAACUCUGUCCCGGUGGAGAGGUCAUUCUGUUCAGACCUCUUCUUUCCUACUAAAUCUCUUUUCUCAUAUGAAGAUGUCUCUGCUUUCUUUUUUUGUUUCUUUGUGUUAAGUACCCUGAUUCCCGGGAAGUCUAAUUUAUACUUCAAGCCUUUAUUCUUCUUAGAUGGGAUGGAUGGGGCUCUGGGGAACCUCAAAACAUAAAACUUUCCUGAAGGGGACAAAUAAUUCAGAGGGUGGUAGGAGAAGAAGGGAAAUGACAUCAGCAAAAUGGCUUUGCUUUGCAGAUCAAUCACGGGGGACAGAAAGGCACAGUGAGCUCCUGUCUCUGCAGGAGCUGAUGAUCCAGCACAUGCAUUAUUCUGUUCAUUUGGCUUUUAUCCUGCUCCCUUAUUUAGCUUCUGCUCCCUUUGUUUGGCUAUUUAUUGCUACUCGGCAGGAGCAAGGAAGGCAGAAGGAGCUUCAAAUGGGUGCAUCCUCCUAGCUGGUGCCUCUGGUGAAGGGCAUGGAGAAGAAAGAGGUUUCAAUGUCUGGCUUGAAAGCAUCUGUGGGUUUCACAUUCUCUAACGAGGGAUUUAGGAUGUACAUUCCAAUCGGGAUUUCCAGUCCCGUGGGGAGCAAACAUCAGCUCACAUUCCUGAGACGCGCAGCCUCCAUACUCCACUGCCGCAGCUCCUUGGUGGCAGGUUUCAUUCAGUGCCACAUGUCCUGCCUCAGCCCUUUGUUGGGCUGGAGGGAAGACCCUGGGCCCCUCUUCCAUCUGGAUCACAUGGUCUCUCCGGUCCCUCCCCUCUCUUUCUCUGGAGACCGCCUUUUUCUGAUGGUGGUAGUGAUUGUUCCCAAAGUCUCUCCUUCUUUCCUCCUGCCCUGGCCUCUCUGCCAGAGGUCAGUGUCCUCUUCAGUGACAAAAGCCGCCCUAGAUCUGGGCUCCCUGGAGAGGGAGGUGGCUGGGUCUGGCAGUUACAGCCGCUGUCUCUCCAUGGUGCUGCUACACCCCUCCCCCACUGGGCACACAAAUGGGCUUUAUCCAGCAAACAACGCUCCCCCCACCCCAGGCCACACAGGCACGUGGACCCAGGCCUCACCGUGGGAAGGGGGUGGUGACAGGCACAGAAGAGAUUGCUCCAGAUGAGUUCUCCUCGCCUUACUUCUCUUCCUUAGAACUCAGGACACAACUCAGGGCAGCUCAGAUUCUGCAGGAAAUUGGGAACAGUCCUCCAGUCCUCAAAUUCCCAGUUCCCUGCACCCCUUCCUGGGACACUAUGUUGUUCUCCGCCCUCCUGCUGGAGGUGAUUUGGAUCCUGGCUGCAGAUGGGGGUCAACACUGGACAUAUGAGGGCCCACAUGGUCAGGACCACUGGCCAGCCUCUUACCCUGAGUGUGGAAACAAUGCCCAGUCGCCCAUCGAUAUUCAGACAGACAGUGUGACAUUUGACCCUGACUUGCCUGCUCUGCAGCCCCACGGAUAUGACCAGCCUGGCACCGAGCCUUUGGACCUGCAUAACAAUGGCCACACAGUGCAACUCUCUCUGCCCUCUACCCUGUAUCUGGGUGGACUUCCCCGAAAAUACGUAGCUGCCCAGCUCCACCUGCACUGGGGUCAGAAAGGAUCCCCAGGGGGGUCAGAACACCAGAUCAACAGUGAAGCCACAGUUGCAGAGCUCCACAUUGUACAUUAUGACUCUGAUUCCUAUGACAGCUUGAGUGAGGCUGCUCAGAGGCCUCAGGGCCUGGCUGUCCUGGGCAUCCUAAUUGAGGUGGGUGAGACUAAGAAUAUAGCUUAUGAACACAUUCUGAGUCACUUGCAUGAAAUCAGUCAUAAAGAUCAGAAGACCUCGGUGCCUCCCUUCAACCUAAGAGAGCUGCUCCCCCCACAGCUGGAGCAGUACUUCCGCUACAAUGGCUCGCUCACAACUCCCCCUUGCUACCAGAGUGUGCUCUGGACAGUCUUCUAUAGAAGGUCCCAAAUUUCAAUGGAACAGCUGGAAAAGCUUCAGGGGACAUUGUUCUCCACGGAAGAGGAGCCCUCUAAGCUUCUGGUACAGAACUACCGAGCCCCUCAGCCUCUCAAUCAGCGCAUGGUCUUUGCUUCUUUCAGCCAAGCGGGAUCCUUGUACACCACAGGUGAAAUGCUGAGUCUAGGUGUAGGAAUCUUGGUUGGCUGUCUCUGCCUUCUCCUGGCUGUUUAUUUCAUUGCUAGAAAGAUUCGGAAGAAGAGGCUGGAAAACCGAAAGACUGUGGUCUUCACCUCAGCACGAGCCACGACUGAGGCAUAAAUUCCCUCUCAGAUACCGUGGAUGUGGAUGACUUCCCCUAAUGCCUAUCGGGAAGCCUCUAAAAUGGGGUGUACGGUCUGGCCAGAAACACUGUAGAAGUAGUAGGCAGAUGUCCUCCUUCCCCUGGACAUCUCCUACAGAGAGGAAUGGACCCAGGCUGUCAUUCGAGGAAGAACUGCAGAGCCUUCAGCCUCUCCAAACAUGUAGGAAAUGAGGAAAUCCCUGUGUUGUUAAUGCAGAGAACAAACUCUGUUUAGUUGCAGGGAUAUAUCCCAAAGUCCUCUACCCCCUUACUUUUAUGGCCCUUUCCCUAGAUAUACUGCAGGAUCUCUCCUUAGGAUAAAGAGUUGUUGUUGAAGUUGUAUAUUUUUGAUCAAUAUAUUUGGAAAUUAAAGUUUCUGACUUUAA